AUGUUUUACUCUAUUCUUCACAGAGGAGGAUUAGAACACAACCGUUCCAACAAGACAUUGUCCACCAAUGGUAGUUUCUCAUACUCAUCAUCAUUAUCAUCAUCAUCAUUAGUAUUAUUAUUAUUAUUAUCAGUAAUAGUAGUAGUAUCAUCAUUCAUGGUAACUGAAUGUUCUGCAUCUCUUCCAAUACCAUUCUAUACAGCAAUUUUAGAUCCAGAGAAUUAUCAUGAGAGAAUUCGUGUUAAUGAAUAUGAUUCUACAAAACCAUUCUAUCAGUGGUGGUAUUUCUGGUUGAGAGAUGAACAAUUGAAUAGACAUUAUGCAUUCACAUAUGCUUUAUCACUUUGUAAAGGUAGAACUAGUAAUGAAAAUGAAUGUAAAUAUGAUGGUUUUUUCGUUUUAUUUGCAGUGGUUGACCAUUCUACAAGAACAUCUUUUCAAAAAGUUGAACGUUUUCCAUAUAGUUCACUUCAUACAGUUAAUGAUGGAAGUCAUUUCCAUUUACAAGUUUUUAAUCCAUCAAAUUCAAGUGAAAUGCUCUAUGAAUUGAAACCAUUAAAAGAUGGUCAAUAUCAAAUAUUUGGAAAUAUGAGAAAGAAUUCACCUAAUUUAUUCUUUACUGAUAAAAUUGAUAAUUCAUUAAAUGUUAAUUGGAAUUUAACAAUUGAUAGAAUUUAUGGUUAUUAUGGUCAGAAGAGUUUUGAAAUGCCAGAUGAAAAAUUUAGAGGAAUUAUUAUGUGGAAUACUUAUUCACAUGAUAGUUUAGUUAAUGGUAUUUUAAAUUAUCAAAGUAAUUCAAUUUCUAAUACUAUUAUUCAACCUAUUCAUGAUAGAAGAUGGAGAUUUUAUUGUGAUAUGAAUUUUGGACAAUUUUUACCUUUAGCGCCAGAUAAUGAUUUUGGAGAUAGAAAAUAUGCAUGGGGAUGGUAUUAUGCUAAUAUUCCAUCUAAUAAUAUUGAAAAUGAAUUGUCAGUUAUUGCUGGUACAGGUAGAACUUAUGCAAUGUUCCCACUUGGUACUAUGGAUGCUAGAUUUGCCGAUAUUAGAUUAAACAAGACACAUCAUAUUGAAUUGACACAAUUAAUUGUUUAUGGUGAAACAUUUUAUUAUACCAAUGAUGGUAAAGUUUUAACAUUUGAUGUUCAUAGAAGUAAUUGGACAACUAUUACUGAUACAUUCGGAUCUGCUGAAAUUCCAUUGAAACAAACUUGUGUUAUGGAAACUGAACAUUAUCUUGUUGUAAUUGAUUUUGAAUCAAAAUUCACAGAUUACAAUAGAUUGUUAUUCCCAUUGAAGGAUCAAUUAUUUUCAGAUUUUGAAGGUUUGGGUGUUAAGGCAAGUUUAUCAAUCACUUACAAACCAACAAAACAAGCCAUUGUAAAUAAUGUGGAUGUCACCUCAACAAGUGGUUUAGAAUUUGGUUAUGGUGUUAAUACUAAAUUACCAACUACAACUAGACCUCGUAUGAAUUAA